GGCGUCUCCGUGGUGGUGAAUCUGUGAAUCUCGCAAAGUAUCUGCACUAGGGCUAGGGCAUAACAUUCGCAACCAUGAAUUGUGAAACGAGAAAUAAGCUACAGUUACUAUCUCUUUAUCUUCAAAAUCUCCCCGAAACCAUUCCUUUGAUUCUAAUAAACUAAAAACACCAUACAAACCUCUCGUCAAGUGGCAUGAUAUGGAAUCCACUAUCCUUGGCAAGCGGUCCACUGAAGAUUUGCCUCCCGCUGGUCGAAUGCCUCCUCCACCUGAAGCAGGGACAGUGGACUCGGAGUCGGACAGCAGAGUUUGACAAUGGCGCAGAUUGGUUGGAUGGUCCAGCUGCUCUUUCAGAGUUUAGAACAGUGGAGAAAGAUUUGUUCGUGCUUGCGGCAUCCAGCGGUAUUGAUUUGUGUGCACCAGUCGGGUUCUGCACCAACAAAGAAGGCCGCAAAAACCUUGUCUCGUCCGUCCCUGACCCUUCUGCUUGGGACGAGUGGAAAGUUGAAUAACUCACCUAAUUCACUGUAAUUCACAGUACAUUUGACCUGAUUCACCUGUAAAAUAGCGUUAAUUUACAGACAUGUUAAUCUACGGUAAUUCACAGUGGUGAAUUUGAAGGCCUCUGGACGCACUGUAAAUUUACCCUGUGAAUUUCGGACAGUUCCAAAUUGACCGUACACUA